CACUUGCUGGAGUUGUCAUGUGACGGUGCUGUCAUUGGUGUUAUGGAAACAUUUCCCUGCAGCCAGGAAGAGAUGGUGGAGAGUUCGUUAUUUGCAGUUCUGUCUGUUCAGAUAUGAUUGUUAUCCUGACUAAUGAGGAGUUGUAGCCCCUUCUGUGGUAGACUGUAUAUAGGAGGUCCUCUCUAUCCAUGAUGUGGAAUCAGUACAAAUACACCACUCUGCCCCUGAGCCUGGAGCCCCUGCCAUCCAAUGCUGCAAAAUCAGCUAAAUCCGAAAUAUGGCUGAUGAAGUUUUGUCACACAGCGAUCACCUGCCUGUGUUUUCUGAUCAUGAUCAUCACCUUGCCUGUUUCCAUCUGGUUUUCCAUAAAGAUUGUUUAUGAUUAUGAGCGGAUGGUGAUAUUUCGUCUCGGACGUGUACAACCACCCAAAGGUCCAGGCCUGGUUCUGGUUGUCCCACUUAUUGACCAGUUUCAGAGGGUGGACAUGAGAUCCAGAGCAUUCAGUAUACAGCCCUCUAAGGUGAAAUCUCGAGAUGAUGUGCUGGUGUCACUGAAAGCAGAUGUCCAUUUCAGGGUGUGCGACCCUAUUCUAUCAUUAAUGUCUGUCCAAGAUCUAAACUUUGUAAUCCAGCACACAGCAGAGAACCUCCUGGCACAGAGCCUGGGGCGCAAGUAUCUAAAGGAAAUCUAUGGAGGUCGGGUCCAGAUUGCAGAACAUCUGAAGGAAGAUAUUAAUGAACAGGUGAAGGUAUAUGGGGUAUGUAUUGAUCACACAGAGGUGCAGCUGGAAGCUGUACUACGACCCCAUGAAGAGAAUGUGAAUGUCCCCGUCCUCUCACCAGCAUUGGGUCCCACUGGUGGAUUGGAGCAAAUGGUGGCCCAGCUUGUAUCACUGGCCCAGCAAACCGUAGCAGCAACAGACUCAUCACCAUCUCCAGUUGCUGAUUUCUCAUUACAACAAAUGACUUCCCAACUGGAGGGGAUACUUUCAGAAUCACUGGUGUCUGAAGUGGGUUCUUCCUAUCAGCUGAUUGUAACCAGGAAUUGUGGAGAGAGCGUUUCCUAUUUUAUUGACCUGACAUCAGGGUCGGGCAGCUCUGGCUGGGGAGUUUUUCCUGGAAACCCUGAUGUUACUCUAAUGAUGACAGAAGCUGAUCUCAUGUGUCUCAUUAAAGGAGAUUUGAGUCCUAUGACUGCGUAUGCAGCAGGCCGCUUACAAGUCAUAGGAGAUCUGAGGACUGCUUUACAGCUGGAGAAGGUUUUACAGAGGAUAGCGGGGAGAUAACAUGAGGGCACUCUUUUAUCACUUCUGUUCAUGUAGUUUGCUAUUUUUAUUUGUUGUACUUUAUUAAACAGUAGAAUAUUAUACCUCUGGGUAGUUCUAUACCACUAAACUGAUUGCCCAAUACAAGCAUGAAAACAGAAUCUACCAAAUAUCUGUUGGAGCUAUGAUAACAUGAUUGGAAUGGAACAAGAAUAUACAAGAUUAUCUGAGUAGUUUGGAACAAUGUGUUAUGGUCACAAAGAAAAAACAAUAUCCAAGAGGCAUACAUGAUUACAAGCAUAAUACUGUGUGUGGAUGCUGAAUCCAAUCAAUAAAUGUCCACCAGUCAAUCUGA